UGGGAUACCAAAUUACCAAUAUCUUUCUCACACGUGAGUAACACACACAUAAAAAAGAGUAGCAGAGAGAGAGCGAGAGAGAGAAGGAGACAAGAAGAGUGGAGGGUAUGAAAUGUCAGAAGCUGAUUAGUUUAUUCAGUUAAUGGAAGGUGGAACCUCCCAUGACACCCACUUGUAACUGGUUCUUGUUUUUUUCAACUCAGUUUCUGACCCUUUCUUCUCUCAAAUUCAACCUCUUCAAACUCCAAACCCUACAAACUCUACCGCCCCCCACAAAAACCGCCACCACCACCACCCAAAACUCCAUCACACCAUGGGCUCCCAAUCUCACCCUCACCCUCACCCUCAUCUCAAUGGUGACUCCAAUACCCACAUCCCAAAAAAGCCAAAGCUUUCAUCUUUAUCAUCUUCUUUAAUCACUGAAGCUGAAAUCCAAAACGAAUUCAACCACCAUGACCCCACCGUAGCUCGCAUCAACAAUGGUUCCUUUGGCUGUUGCCCUCUCUCCAUUAUCCAGUCCCAGCAAGAACUGCAACUCGAAUUCCUUCGCCAACCUGAUCACUUCUACUUUUCCGAACUCAAACCGGGCAUUCUCAAGUCCCGCAUCCUCAUCCAACGCCUCAUCAAUGCCCACCACCUUGAUGAAAUCUCCAUCGUCGAUAACGCCACCACUGCAGCCGCCAUCGUCCUCCAAAACAUCGCCUGGUCUUUCGCUGAAGGCAAAUUCAAUCAUGGUGAUGUUGCCAUUAUGCUUCACUAUGCUUAUGGUGCUGUGAAAAAGUCCAUUGAGGCCUAUGUUACCCGUGCCGGCGGGCAUGUCAUCGAGGUACAUUUGCCCUUCCCUGUGAAUUCUAAAGAUGAGAUUGUGUUUGAGUUUAGGAAGGCUUUAGAGAAAGGGAAAGAGAACGGUAAGAAAGUGAGGUUAGCUGUGAUUGAUCACAUAACUUCAAUGCCUAGUGUGGUUAUACCCGUUAAGGAAUUGGUUAGGAUUUGUAGGGAGGAAGGUGUGGAUCAAGUUUUUGUGGAUGCAGCUCAUGGAAUUGGGUGUACUGAUGUUGAUAUGCAAGACAUUGGUGCUGAUUUUUACACUAGUAAUUUGCAUAAGUGGCUCUUUUGCCCGCCUUCCAUUGCGUUUUUGUAUUGUAGGAAGUCGCCUGGGUGCAUAGAUUUGCACCAUCCGGUUGUGUCUCACGAGUAUGGAAAUGGGUUGGCUGUGGAAAGUGCUUGGAUUGGAACUAGGGACUAUAGUGCUCAGUUGGUGGUUCCUAAGGUGUUUGAUUUUGUCAAUAGGUUUGAGGAUGGUAUUGAGGGGAUCAAGAAGAGGAAUCAUGAUAAUGUUGUGGAGAUGGGGCAGAUGUUGGCAAAAGCGUGGGAGACAAAUCUUGGAUGCCCUCCGGAGAUGUGUGCUAGCAUGAUCAUGGUUGGGUUGCCAGCUUGUUUGGGGAUUUCAAGUGAUUUGGAUACUUUGAAGUUGAGGACACAUUUGAGGGAGAAGUUUGGUGUGGAAGUGCCUAUUUAUUACAGGGCACCAAAAGAUGGGGAGGUUGAUGUGGUAACUGGGUAUGCAAGGAUUUCUUAUCAAGUCUACAACAAAGUUGAGGAUUAUCACAAGUUCCGGGACGCAAUCAAUCAGCUUGUUGGUGAUGGGUUCACUUGCGCUCUUCUUUAUAAUUGAAGAGGUAUGUGCCAUAACUUGUUGAAGUAUUCUGCCCCCGAGCAAGAGGAUGCAUUCAUACUUUUCUCAUAGAAACAGUAGUUUAGUGCCUUUAAAAAGUGAUAACAUUGAAAUCUGCUGCAUUUCAUUAUGUUGUUUAAAUUGGAAGUUUAGUAAUUUGUAAUAUAUUUUUUUCUUUUCUGGCAAAAACCACAUAAGGUUGUUUUUUUUAAAUGCAUAAGAAAAAAGAAGAAAAAAAAAAGGGUUAUUCCUUGAGAUUCAAAUGAUUAUGUAGCUUAUGCAGCAGACCCAUUAGCACUUGUUUUUGUUUUAGGCAACUCAGUAUUUAUUAUUCAUCACUUUAUUCAUAACUUGGAUCUUUUCCUACUCCUUAUCUUUAAAAUCUUUCAUCGACAUUUUCUAAUUUGCAGACCUUCCACUUGUUUUAUACCAUCUCUCCUACCAAUGAGAUUUAUAACUUGUCACAACUCAAUUCUUACCACAGAAAAGCAAAGCUCCUUUCUGAAAAGGAGGCACAUCAAGUACAAAUAUUUUUUUAAACCUAUAGAGUACACUUUUUCUAUGAGAUUCUUGAAAAUUUGUAUAAUCACCUUAACCACAAGGGUAAGCAUUGAUAUGAUCUUUGUGCGUCAUUCUCAUUACUUGCAACUAGACAUUAGUUUGUAAUCAGAGUGGUUAGGUCUCUGUGUGUUUCAGAUUGCUCGGAGUGUUAUUACUUGAUCUUUGUUAGCUUGUCUAUCUCAAAUAUAAUUUCAAUGUGUCACUUUCUGAAAACUCUUUGGAUUAGUUGUUGCUGAACAACAAAGGAAAACAUUAUCAGAACAAAUUAUUAUUCCUUUCCCUUCCCCUGCCCUGUUAAUUCCAUUAUGUGUGUAAUUUGGCAAUCUUUUCAAGCACAAUGCACAGAUUGUCUCCCUUCACCCCUUUCUUCCCUCCUUUUGAGAUUAAGCACUUCUAAUAUCUUUCCAAUUUUGCUGUUAGAUUUUGGUCUCACCAAUUUUUGUAAGUCUGAAAACUCAUAACCUACUACUCCUUCUUUAUUAAUCUUAUUUUGGUUUGCAUUUUUAAUUUCUUAAUUUAAAAAGCUAAAAUCAGUUUCUUGGUUCAGUUUAAUGAAUCUUGUUUUGUCAUUCCUGUCAACUGAAACUAAAAAUCAUUUUCAAUGUUGUGAUGAAAACUAAUAAAAGCUCAAUAUUGUUGUCAGCAGCUCAACUAAGAACAUUAAUUUUUCAUGUAGUAGUUAAAGUGUUUGUAUGAUAUUUCUGACUUGGAAUAUUUCAUGUGUGUGUAUCUUUGAACAGAAGUAGUUUUGUUAGCACCUAUUAUUAUUCAUGGGUAUGAAACCAGUGAAUCAUAGAACUCUUGUUAGCCACAUCAAACAUGAGGCAUAGUAGUGAUUAAUUAAUGCCUUUAUGAGAUAAGUGGUUUUCCCUAGAAAUGCCUUGUGUUGUGAUGAGAUGAAAGGAGGAAGCCUUCUUUUGGUUCUUCAAAUCCUCUUGUAAACAUAAAUAGGUGAGCAGUAUGUUUAUCAGACUCUUGGUUAAUUCCGAAUAGCUAUUGCAAAUUUGUGCAAUAACUUGAGAAUCUGAUAGUCAUUGCUAUUCUUUUUUUUUUUUUUUGAUGUGUUGUCGAUUUAUCUUACUUCAAUGAGGCACUAAAUACGUUUUUUUAUUUAAAUAACAGCUGUGUCUUGUGUGCUCGGCUACUUUUCAUGGUUUCGCUACCAUGAACUCCCAAAAUCAGAGGAGAAACAAA